GACCAAUAGGUACCAGACUCAAUUAUACAACGAGUAUCGUGUGCAGUAAAAGUUACGUGACUGACAACGGAACUUGGACUUCGAAACGGUGAACGCCGCUGAAAUUUUCUGAUCUUCAUAAUUUUGAAGUUUAAAGAGAUUUUCAUCAACAUUCUACUGAAAUAUAGAGUCUACUCUUGUAACAAAUAAGUGAAAUAUGGCGCUGAACAAACUAGCGAUGAGACAGAUGUGGCGUCCGCUUGCCUCAAUAUCGCAGCGAUUCCAAGGCACGACAGCAACGGCAGCAAGCACACAAACUCGUAAUCCUGAAGCUAAAGCCGAGAAGGUUCAGUUUGACUGGAAAGAUGCGUUGAAUCUAGAGCGUCACCUGACAGAGGAGGAAGUGAUAGUGCGAGAUCAGAUGAACGCCUACUGCCAGGACAAACUCAUGCCUCGGGUCCUCAUGGGCAACAGAAAUGAAGUCUUCCACCGGGAGAUCUUUAAUGAAAUGGGCGAGCUGGGGGUCCUGGGUCCUACCAUUAAGGGCUAUGGGUGUGCCGGGGUGUCCUCGGUCGCCUACGGUCUGAUCGCGAGGGAGGUGGAGAGGGUGGACUCCGCCUACCGUUCGGCAAUGAGUGUCCAGUCAUCACUUGUCAUGCACCCAAUCCACGAGUACGGAACGGAAGCACAGCGACAAAAGUACCUCCCAAAAUUGGCAACGGGUGAACUGGUGGGUGCUUUUGGACUGACGGAACCAAACCACGGGAGUGAUCCCGCUGGCAUGGAAACCAGAGCACGAUACAACCCUGCAGGGAAGAGCUAUACCCUGAAUGGCGCCAAGUCAUGGAUCACAAAUUCUCCCAUCGCCGACGUCUUUGUGGUUUGGGGCAAGAAUGAAGCUGAGGGCGGCAGGAUUCGGGGCUUCAUCCUGGAGAAAGGAAUGAAGGGAUUGUCGGCCCCGGUCAUCGAGGGCAAGUUUUCCCUGCGGGCCUCCACGACGGGUCAGAUCGUGAUGGAAGACGUGGAGAUACCGGAGGAAAACAUGCUGCCUAAUGCUCAGGGCCUUGGGGGUCCCUUCGGAUGUCUGAACAGUGCCCGUUACGGCAUAUCAUGGGGCGCCCUUGGGGCGGCCGAGUUCUGCUUAGAAGCUGCCAGGCAGUACACGCUGGACAGGAUUCAGUUUGGAUCCCCGCUUGCCAAAAACCAGCUUAUCCAGAAGAAGCUUGCCGAUAUGUUGACCGAAAUAUCGCUGGGACUGCAGGCUUGCGUUCAAGUUGGACGACUCAAGGACGAAAACAAAAUUGCACCGGAAAUGAUCUCCAUGAUCAAGCGCAAUUCUUGCGGGAAGGCGUUGGACAUUGCCCGGAUGGCGCGGGACAUGCUGGGCGGCAACGGCAUCUCAGAUGAGUAUCACAUCAUCCGACACGUCAUGAACCUGGAAGCUGUCAACACAUAUGAAGGUACCCACGACAUCCAUGCGUUGAUCCUUGGACGAAGCAUCACGGGACUUCAGGCUUUUGUACCUGCCAAGAAUUAGUUUAAAGAACGCCCCCUGCUUCCCCCCACAAGUCAGUGGAGCUCCUAAACACACAAUAUUGGUUAGCGAAUUGAUAAGUUCAAGCUGACCAAACCAUUCAAAAAUGAUAAAUAUGCACUCUGCAUGAUAUCUUAAGUUGCGAACAUUGUACCGGGUAUAAUCUGCAGGAUUCUGAACAACUUCCCCGCAAUCUUCCCGCAAUGAAUUAUCAGUAUUAGUGAGUCAAGCAGUUGCUAAUGAAAAAUUCCGAGCAACAUGUCUGGGACAAAUGUGGAGCUUCUUCCAGACAAAGUGAAUGAUUCUUCCCCCACACUUGUCCGGAAUUCGUCCCGGAAAUGAAUUGAGAUGGCCCUAAGCCGGUGUCAUGUUUUUUUUUCUGUUAAGCGAGAAUGAAUUCUGUGGAUGGCAAAAUUGUGCAUUGAGCUGCUUUGUCGAUUUUAUCACGGAACAGUAUUCAACCAACGUGGUUUCACAUGAGAAUGUUUUAGAGAAUUAAAAACAAUAUAUAUUGUUUCUUACUUUUUUUGUGGAAGAAAUUUAAACCACAUCUCCAGGUGUUUUUGGAAUGUCUUGCUUGCUCCACUUAAUUCUUUCCCAAAU